ACGGGCACCGCCUCUCGGCGGCGUCGGCGACGGCGGGUCGGGGCCCUGGUCGUGAUCGUCGUCCAUGGCGGCGGCCGGUGGCGACGGGAAGCGGGGGUUCGGGGUCAAUAAGAGCGCAGUGCGAUGGAGACGGUGAGCUUUGUUUGGAUUUGGGGGAUGGAGUUGGAAGGAUUGGUGCGGCAAGGUGAGUCUCGGCCACGUCGGACGGGUGACGUGGCCUAAAACUGGGGUGGUUUUGGUUCGGGGGUAAUUUGCACGGUUUUGUUAGUUCGUUAGUGCAAGAUGUUUGGUUUUAUAGUUUCGGAUUGAAAAUCGGACUAUUAUGAUAGUUAAAUGUUGAAAAAUGGAUUUUUUCAUGAGAAUUAAAAGAGCAAGAAUCAUUUGUUUCUUAUCACCUCAAAUCUGCAAAAUAGAAAGACGUACGAAAAAACCAUGCCAAGGUGUCCCAAGAAGUAUCAAGUAACUGAAAAAUAAACCAAAACAAAAUGCUAGCUAGACGCACCUUGGCGUACAAUGUGCACGCACAUUAGAAAUCUGAAACCUUGCUGUUCGUUAGAUGUCACUUCUCGUCAAAAUUUGUGCAUGUCCAACAAUAAUGAUUUUCCACAAGUCUAACAUCAAGUCAACUGGGAAUUUGUCAAAUCUUCCAAGAGGGGCCAUAUGACGACAUGCAUGCCAAAAACUUCCCAAAUCAGAUCAGAAAGGGCCACGUCUACCUGUAACAUCCUUCUCGUCUCUGGAUUUCCUAGGAACGUCAAGCAUCCACCCCCUAUAUAAAGGGCUCCAUGCUACCACUACACCACCAAGCCAAAGCACGUAUACUACUACACACAGCUAGGAGUCCUCCUCCUAACCAGCAGCUCAGCAAAAUGGCGACCAAUCUCAAGUGGCCUUCUGUUCUGGGCCUCCUCGUCGUCGCCGGCAUGGUUGGCGUCGCCAGUGCCGGCAACAUCGCCGUGUACUGGGGCCAGAACGUCAACGAGGGCACCCUGGCCGACGCCUGCAGCUCCGGGAACUACGCGUACGUCAUCAUCUCGUUCCUCAGCACCUUCGGCAACGGGCAGGCCCCGGUGCUCAACCUCGCCGGGCACUGCAACCCCGGCGAGUGCGCCGGCCUCGCCUCCGACAUCCAGUCCUGCAAGUCGCAGGGCGUCAGGGUGCUCCUCUCCCUCGGCGGCGGCGGCGGCAACUACGGCCUCUCCUCCACCGACGACGCCAACAGCCUGGCCGACUACCUGUGGGACAACUUCCUGGGCGGCACGGGCUCGUCGUCCCGCCCGCUGGGCGCCGCUGCGCUGGACGGCAUCGACCUCGACAUCGAAAAUGGCAACUCGGCGCAUUACGACGAGCUGGCGAGCGCGCUGAAGGCGAAGGACGGCGGCGUGCUGCUGACGGCGGCGCCGCAGUGCCGCUACCCGGACGAGUGGCUGGGGCCGGCGCUGCAGACGGGGCUGUUCGACGCCGUGUGGGUGCAGUUCUACAACAAUCUCGGGUGCGCGUACGCCGGCGGGGACGACACCAACCUGGUGGCCGCGUGGCGCACGUGGACCGGAGGCGUCAGGGCCGGGAGCUUCUACCUCGGCCUGCCGGCCUCCGCCGAAGCCGCCGGAAGCGGGUACAUCGCGCCCGGCGACCUGACGGGGACGGUGCUCCCCGCAAUCCAGGGCGUCGGCGGCGGCUACGGCGGCAUCAUGCUAUGGAGCCGCUACUACGACGUGCUGAACAACUACAGCGGCCAGGUCAAGGGCAGCGUCUGAGAUGAGCAUACGAACAAGCUUCCACCGAGCUACUGCGAACGAACGUGUACUUAUAUGUACACACUGGUUAUUCGUUAAGAGAGCUAGCUAUCGGACUAGAUACAAUAAGAGAGCGGACGAUCAGGUGACAGAUGCAUCUGCUACACACUACAGAGUAUAGUACUAGAGCGAGUAGCUACCAUGUACGUAUAAUCGAGUACGCUCAGAUUAUCUGUUCACACGCUUGUGAACUUAGCUAGUGCUCUAGUAGUAGAGUUUGUUUUUAUAUACCGGAUGAAUAAAAGUUGAUUGGCGAUAUAUGUUA